ACAAUUUUUUUGGUAAAGCUGGUGGCAGAUAUUAAAAGGCCGCGCUCCCUCGCUCGCGACCUCUAUACUUCCGUCUCACACACCGCACUGCCCAGCCAUCCGGUGCGAACCACCCCUUGCCCUGUCGAAGAGACUCGCUUCGCCCGACUGACGCGCGCUCUCAAAUGGACAAGUACAUAAAAACCAGCAAAGCUCUAGGACAGGGAGGCUAUGGCAGCGUGCGCCUCGCCCAUGUCAAAAAUCCAGACGGCACAGAGGGCCGUCCCGUGGCUAUCAAGAAGCUUCACACCACUACCACGAAUUUGGAGGGCAUCGAAAUCUCCACAAUUCGCGAGAUCAGAAUUCUGAAAGACAUGCACCACAAAAAUAUUGUUGAACUUAUAGAUGUGAUCGCUUGGGAGCGACAAAUUUAUUUGGUGAUGGAAUGCUGCGAGACGGAUUUGUACCGAGUCAUCAACAACAUGUCUGUUGUUUUGUCCUCCGCUGACGUCAAGUGCUAUCUCAAACAAAUCCUGGAAGCAGUCGAAUUUUGCCACAAGUGCUGGAUAUUGCACCGAGAUCUCAAGCCAGGCAACUUGCUAAUUACCAAGGAAGGAAUCGUUAAGUUGACAGAUUUCGGCCUGGCAAAAAACUUUGCUAUAACCAAAGAGAGCCUUUCUCCUCGCGUCAUCACUAUAUGGUAUCGCGCGCCAGAGAUGCUGUUUGGUUCCGAUAAAUACUCCAGCUCAAUCGACAUGUGGUCAGUCGGGUGCAUUUUCGCCGAACUCAUGCUACGUGCUCCGUUGUUUCCCGGCAUAAGCGAAAUUGACAUGUUGAGCAGAAUAUGUGCCGCGUUGGGCACCCCGAACGAGAAAAGGUGGCCAGGCGUCUCGAGCCUGCCUUGCUUUAUCGAAUUCGCAGAAUCUCUCGGCACGCCUUUAGAGUCCAUAUUCGUCGGCGCCACACCUGACGCUCUAGACCUCAUAUCAGAAAUGCUGUGUUUGGACCCCGCUAAGCGGAUUUCCGCCUCGAAAGCCCUUCAGCAUCCUUACUUUCAAAAUCUACCUGCUCCUACCCACCCGAGCAAAUUGGUUCUGUCGUCAGCGGAACCCAAAUCCGCGCCAGUCCAGAGCAGACGAAAUCACGCCUACUCCGGCGAAUGCUCUCUGGCCCGAAAGAAAAUUCAAUGGAAUUAACUUUGGCCUUUUGGGCGCUUUUACAAAAGUUGUAAUAAUGUGUCAUUCUUUACAGUCAACAUAUUCUAUGUUUAGCUCCUCGUGAGGGCCGGUUCUUGCUCGUCGCUCUUGCCUUGAGACUCUCCCCUCGGAGAUAGGUGACCAUCUACAGAUAAGUCAAACACAACCUGGGCUUUUUGGUAAAGUCUGCGAUUGCCUCCCUUAUAGCCGAUACCCACGACUCCCUGGUCGAAGCGUUGUCCGAGGUGUUGAUAAUGCGACAGUAGACCUUGGUAGUCUCUUUCUUACCUAUGUAAAUGCAAAAAUCACGUGAUUCUUGGUCCGCCAGGGGCUCAACCGUCGUUUCCUUCGGUAAGAAAGUGAUGAUGUCUCCCAGCACCAUUGUAUAGGUCGCGUCUUUUGCCUUUGGCUGCGCUCUGGGGCGACACAGAACAAUGAGGUCCGUGAACAAAAACGCCUGUGCUUGGGGCAGCUUCGACUUUUUGCUUAUAAUUUCGAGCUGGCCUUCGAAAAAAUAUCGGCGCCUUUCGUCCCACAGCUGUACUCUCUUUUUGAAUUUUGAGACGCGGCGUUCCAGGUAAAGCACCUUCUUUUUCAUCUUGAAUAGCUCUGUUAGGAUGUAGGCCCGCUCGUUGUAGGGCUCCAGCUGCUGGUACACGUUCACCAGUUGGUCGUAGUUUGGGUGGCUUUUGUCUAGAAGCUGGGUCCAGCACCUAAGGUAGUUUGUGAUGGUGGGAAAUUUGAACAUGAACAAGGACACCAGGUCUUCCAGUUCGAGUUUGGAACCCGUGCUUUUUUUGAUUUGGUUUGCGUAUUCCGAGAAAUUUUUGUUGUUUUUCAUCUCGUCCAUCAAAGAGAUCAUCUGAUACUCCCGAUCGAAGUAUUCGUCAAGAAUGUGCACGGAGCCGUCCAGAGUCGUCAGGAAAUCACGCAUGCUGUCGGGCACUUGGGUGCGCAGAUUUUGCAAGCAUUGUCCCAGUGAUUUGCACAGGUUGAUGAGAGAGGGCAGAGAUUCGAAUAGAUACUCGAACUGAGAGAUCGUUAGCUUUUUUUUCUCGGCUAUUUCUGUGUCACCGUUUUCAAUUUGUGGGUCUUGGUAAUUCCUUUGGACAAACAGCAGACUCAGGCUGAGCGACGAGAAGGCGGAAUGGAGCAUCGUCAAAACUUCCGAAACACUGCAUGGGUUGUCGGUAUGUCGAUCAGGGUUGUUCAGCUGCUCAAUUCGGAUUGAGUCCGAUUUGAUUUCUUGCACUGUCUGGUCGAGCGAAACCGCCUUGCUCCCUUCGUACACGACGCAACUUGCUGGGGUGAGCAACCGAAGGCUGCACACCUUUUCCAAAACGGACCGUAUUGACUGACUGCAGUCGGCAAGCACGACCUGAUACUCUCCAUUUGAGAAGCAAACGCGCAAGUAGGUUUUGCCCCGUAUGUUCGGCAGUAGGCACUGCAUUUCCAGCCUAGAAGUUGAAGAGGAAUGUGUCAAGUUGUACACCGCCAAAGCGGUGGUAUCGACGCUAUGAAGUACUGGCUGACUUUUAGAGGCGUUAUACGGGAUGGCCGAAUUUUCCGUAUGUCCAGCACCCUGUUCGCAACCGCCUGAAUGGUCGUCGCAGCUCUCAGACUCGAGGGAAGAGGGCAAUUCCGACUGGUUCGCAACUUUUUUUUCGUUAGAAUUUUCCCAGGUGACUUGUGUAAAUAUAUCAGACAUGUUACUUUGAUUGCUUAAAUUGUGCUUCUUUGACGCAGCACCUCCGACACGUGCAUUAUUUAGGUGACCUAUGCUUGUCUGUGAAAAUCUGGCUUUUAGUUUCGGUUGCGCCACCGGUACUUCGUCGUUUUGCGAAAUCGUUGCAUUUUCGUCGGUACUCAUACUAUUUAGAGCGCAUCUUUCUUCUGCUAUUCGAACAGUAUUCACCUCUUCUUCGCGCCGGUGCUCGAAACUCGUACUAGCCCUCAGACCUAAACCACGCUGUGCAUUUGUCGGCAAACAGGCGGCACUAGAGUCACCGUGACUUGGGCCACUUGACUUAGUGGGCGAACACGAAGCCGAGCUCUUGUGUGAGCCUUUUCCUGCCACCUUAGCGUUAAUUUGAUCUUCUGAUAACGCAAGCUUUGCAUCAUCUGCGGCGGUGCGGCAUGACGAUCUCCUGUUCAGAACGGGUUCUGCGCCCUUGUCGAUAAAUUCGGGCAGCAUCGUCGAGGUAGUCGGUUUCGUUCUACUCUUCCUAUUUGCCCUGCCAGCUAGAAAAAGCGCAAGAAUAAUGUUAGUUUCUCACAAAAACUGCAACCAAAAUAUAAAGGUAGCACGGA